AUGUCAGAGCUUAAAAAACCAAAUUUCAACCCAUUAAUUGGACCUGCUAAUAAAGCAAGAUAUGAAAGCCUUUCAUCCAUUACCAAGGAUGAAAAAUUAGAGCUUGAUUACUUGGAUCUUGCAACUCAAAUGGGUAAUAUAUCAUUAAAUAAUAUUGAAACUGAUAAAGUUGUCAUAAAGGAUGUUGGUAUCGAUACAAUCACAAAAACAUCUCUUGAAGUUAUUGUGAAUGCUGAUAAAAAAGAGACAAAGCAACCAAUUGAAUCAAUUGACGAAAAAAUUAAUCGUUUAGUUGCAGGAUCGGUAUUUGAUCUCAGUUUAAUAGCUCCAAAGAUUGAAGAGAAAUCUCAUACAGAUAUCAAAGAUGGAGCAGAAGCUGUAAAGACUAAGACUAAGAAACGAAGCAGAGAUGAGGAUGAAGAUAUUCCUAAAUCAAAGAAACAAAAAGGACAAACCAAAGAUCAAGAAACUGAAAAGAAGCUUUCUUUAAUUAAAGAAUCUAAACUUCGAAAGUCUAAAGUUGCUAGAAAGCCUAUAGCUCAGAGACCGAAAUCAAUUAAGUCUAGAUCAAAAUCAAAAUCUGUGAAGCCCAAAUCAGAUAAACCAAAAGCACAACCUAAAAAGAUUGUAAAUAUUAAAGAGCCAGUUGUAAAAGCCUCGAGAAAACAACCUGGAAGAAAAACCAAAAGUGAAGCAUCAAGUAAAUGGAAAGAAACUAAUACUAAUGGUUUUAUUAAAUUGACUUGUACCUAA